UUGCACAAGGAAGUGUUUUUCUUGAGACGUCCGACUCCAAACCUGACCAAACCGAUCGUCUGCACAACGUUCAAUCAUGCGAGGUUCCAAACCGUUCGCGGGCUUUCUUCUGCAGAUCACCGUGUUGAUAGAAAUGGCUGCCUAUGUGGCAGGAAGGACGACCGCAUGGCCAUAUGCAGGUGGUACCACUGCUGUGACUGCCACGGAAACAACCAUGGACCCGUCUCUCCCAUCCAAUACCACAGCGUGUUGUCCCAAAAGCUAUACGGAGUGGCGUGGGAUCUGCUACAAGGCGUUCAACACUGAAGCGAACUUCGAGGCGUCGGCUCGGCUUUGCCGGCUGGACGGUGGCACCCUCGCCAUGCCCCGAGACGCUGCCACAGACGCCUUCCUCGUCUCACUCAAGAACUCCGUCGACGCCAGCUCACGCUUCUGGUUUGGUCUCCAUGAUCAGAACACAGAAGGCAGCUUCGAGUGGAUCGAUGGCACUGCACUUGGCAAUGGAAGCUACUCCAAUUGGGGUUCGGGACAACCAGACAACGAAGCUGAUAAUCCGGGUCUCCUGUACAGGGAUUUGAUCCGUGAGGUCAUGGUUGACAUCCCGGCCACCUCCACACACGGGGACCUCGUGGUUGACAUGACAACGCUCCAGACCAGUGACGUCACUAACGUGACGUACGUGCUGAUGUGCUGCACGUAUGACGUCUUCACCCUGGAGACGGACGGGAGGGUCCUGGUGACGUCAGAGCUAGACUUCAACAUACGAUACUCCAUCCCCGUGGCAGAACUAGAUUCCUCGGGCGCCAUCUUGGUUGCUUACGUCAUCCACGUGAACCUGACCAGUGACGUCAGUCUGUACAAGAACCCGGAUGGACUCUGCAACACAACUUCGUUCUACGUCACCAUGGAGGAAAACUGGAAUACAAUCUCCGCGGACCUGGGCAGCCUGGCGAACCGGUCUCUCUCCGGGGUGCAGUUCUCCCUGGUGCCGGGAGGGGACGCCGACAGGUUCUCUAUCAACCCUUCCAGCGGAGUCCUGACCCCCAACGACCCGCUGGACCGGGAGGACAGGGCCGCGCUGGGCUUCAGGGUCGCCAUGGCAACAAGGUAUGACGUCACCUUCGCCUCCGUGACCGUGACCGUGACGGACAUUAACGACAACCCCCCGGCCAUCGUGCAAACUUGGAGUAGCGAGUACAUCCUGCAGUCCACCCCCAUCAACUCCAUAGUUGGACUGGUCCGAGCCGAGGACCCGGAUGAGGGGGAGAACGCGACCUUGACCUACACCAUCGUGACGGAGGGCGACGAGGACUUUUCUCAGUUGUUCUUCAUCAACGAGGUCACAGGGGUCAUAACGGUCAUCAGCAACUUCAAGGUCAUCAGAGAGCACAUCCCUCUAAAGAUCAGAGUGCAGGACAACGGCAAACCACCUCGAGUCGCAGACACAGCUCUUGACCUGUCUCUCCUGUCCAAUGAAGCGGUGGGAAACCAGACAAGACUGGAGGUCAGCGUCCCAGAGGACGUCGCGAUCGGAACUGCCAUUGUGAACGCCACUGUCCCGGCGAGCGCUGGAGACGGCACCAUCAUCUACACCUACGUCAUGCAGGACCCGUCAGGACUCAACGAGAGAUACUUCGACGUCCACAAUGAAACCGGUGAGAUCACAGUUAUCUCAGGUCUGGACCGGGAGAAGGAAUCUUCUCAUGAGUUCUUUGUGGAACCCAUCGCAGACUCCGGCUGUGCUAGGCAGAGUCUGAUCCUAGUAGUCAUCACACUGGAAGACAUCAAUGACAACAACCCGGUCUUUGAAGACAUGACCCUGCGCGGGACGGUCCGGGAGAACACGCCGCCAGGUGAACCUGUGACGGUGAUCCCAGAACUGGCAGUUACUGAUGAGGAUGAUGGCAUCAACGGCAGAGUCGCUCUUCGCCUGGAUGGAGGGGGUUCAAGUGACUUUGGGGUGAAUUCUACAACAGGACAGAUCUAUGUUGACGGAAAUUUAGACUACGAAGCAGUACAGAGCUACAGUCUGACAGUAGUGGCCAUGGAUAGGGACGGCAUGCCGGGUCACAGAACUGCCAGAGCGCGGUUAACUAUUGAACUGCAGGAUGAGAACGACAACCCACCGCAGUUCAGUCCGGAACACUUUCAUUUCUUCGUCUCUGAAAACUCCACAGACGACGCGCUUGUUGGAAUAGUAUUGGCAACAGACCUGGACUCUGGACAAGAUGGUAAGGUGGACCACUUUAUCGUGGACGGAGGUGACGGCGUGUUCCAACUGGACCCGUCCUCUGGAAACCUGACGUUAGUCAACGGGGAUCUGUUGGACCGGGAAGCUGUGAGCUGGUACACAGUAACGAUCAGGGCACAGGAUCGGGGUUUACAGUCCCUUACCACUUUUACCUUCGUCAACGUCACGGUCACUGACGUCAACGAUAACGCCCCUUCCUUCGAUGACGACACGCUACGUCAUUUCCUGACCAGAGAGCCAAUCAGAACCACGGAAAACCUCCCGGCCGGAUCUCGUCUGUUCGCCAUGACAGUGACGGACCCUGAUGACGGCGUAAAUGGGGAGGUUCAGCUGCAUGUCAACAGCGAUGAGUUCUCUGCUGUAAUGCUACCGAACUCCACCGAACGAUGGACCAUUGUGAGUAACGGGACUCUCGACCGCGAGGAGAGGGAAACUUAUGAGCUGAGCAUCACUGCUACUGACAUGGGAACACCUGCCUUGUCAAGUAGUGUCACCAUAUUUUUGUCAGUUGGUGACGUAAACGACGUGCCGCCGACGUUCGUUGACCCUCCUGACGAAGUCACCUUGCUGGGUGGAUCACAUCCGGGUACUCUGGUCGCCAUAUUUGCUGUCGAGGACCCGGAUGUUAACGGCACAGUCACCUACAGCAUUGCCGGGGAUCAGGACGGGCUGUUCGGCAUCAACAAUGAAGGCGUUGUCGUCCUAAACCAAAGGCUGCCUAACGUCGUGGUGACCAGAAAUGUGACCAUCGCGGUGACCGACGGGCUUCACCUCACCAACACGACACUCCGGGUUCACGUGGAGGACGGCUCCUCUCUGGUCAGCCUGGAGUUCGGGAGGGAAAGUUACAACUUUGACGUCAUCGAGAACUCCGCACCAAGCACGCUUGUCGGGAACGUUAAUGUUUCAAGCGACCAAGAGGUCCUGUACAGUUUUCAGUCAGCACAGAUGGGCCAAAACUUCAUCAUCGACAAUAACACGGGCGAGAUUGUAACACGGCUUCUACUGGACAGAGAAAACAUCGCAGAACACUAUUUGAUCGCCGUGGCGACUGAAUCAGGUGUUGGUUCUCGAAAGGCGUACGCAACGGUUACUGUUCGAGUUCUAGACGUCAAUGACAACGACCCAGAAUUCGACAGGGAUGACUACGAUGCAGAUGUUUCAGAGGAUGCUCCUAUGGGUCACACCAUAGCCGGCCCCUUCGCUUCUGACGCUGACGUGGGUGAGAAUGCCAGGAUUGUCUACAGUAAAGUGGAAGGAAACGACACAUUUGAGGUGGACCCGGAGACAGGAUCAGUUCUGCUGAACGGAAGUCUUGACAGGGAGACGGAUCCCAUCCACGUUAUCGUAGUUCAGGCCACAGACAAUGGAACUUCCCCUCGAUCUGCCACUGCAACCGUCAGCGUUCAUGUUAUAGAUGUGAACGACAAUGGUCCGAUCUUCGCACAUGCUCACUACAACGUCAGCGUUACUGAAAACGACGACAACAAACUGGUUUUAACUGCUGUUGCUACCGACGCCGACAUUGGAACCAACGGUCGAGUACGGCACUCCCUGAUCGGAGCAGACAAUUUCACAAUCGGAGAGCUGACUGGAGACAUAUCGUCAACGUUCAACUUCGAUCGCGAGUCAGUCUCCUACUACAACUUCACCGUCCUGGCCGUGGAUGGCGGAGACCCUCCCUACUCAUCCUCAGCAGAGAUCUCCGUCACUGUAGCGGACGUGAACGAUAACCGGCCGGUGUUCCUGGGCACGCCGUACCGGCAGAAGGUGGCGGAGGACACGCCGAACUACACCAGUGUGUUCACCCUCACGGCAACAGAUGCUGACUUCGGGGAGAACGGAACUGUGUCCUACGAAGAGAAUCCAGGCGGUAUCUGCGGUGACCUGUUUCUGGUGAACGUCACCGCCGGCAUCAUGACAACACGACAGUCUCUCCUCAGCAUCAACCCGACACACCGGGAGCACUGCGUCGCCAUAGUAACGGCCUACGACCACGGACGAGACCAUAGGCGCACGUCAGUCGAGGUCGUGUUCAACAUCACGGACUCCAACCGGCACACACCGAUGUUUGUGAACAGCAACCGGAGUGAACACUACAUCGAGACGUGGAACGUCAGAGGACGGGAACUGUUCACGGUCAUGGCCACGGACGCCGACCCGGGAGUCAACGGAGAGGUCUCCUACAGGAUCGUAGAGGAUUAUGGUAUGUUCGAACUGCGCAGAGAGGAAGAGUCCGUGCAAGUGUGGGCGAACCGUUCCCUGGACCGGGAGGAGCGGGACUUCUACAACCUGACGGUUAAGGCAACUGACGGCGCCGUCGUCAACCCCAAAACCAACAUGACCUUCCUGGAUAUCUGGGUGGACGACGCGAACGAUAAUCCGCCCAAAUUCGUCCGAGACAACUUCACAAUGGAGGAGAUCCGCCUUUUUUCGAACACCUCGGUGGGAACCCACGUGACCAGGGUGUCCUCUACAGACGAGGAUGUCGGGACUAACGCCGUCCCUCUGUACCGGAUUGCGGCAGUUCUGGACAUGCGGCUCGACAGUCCAACUCAUCUCUUCACAAUCAACAGUCAAACCGGCGAUCUCAACAUAUCGUCUGAGUUCCCAAAGUUGACAGAGGACUACUUCGUCAAUAUCACCCUGAGUGUGGAAGACGCCAUGAACCCUAACCUCCGGGCAGACGAGCUGAAACUCCGCAUCGUUGUUCCCUUCAUCAGUACCAACAAGCACGCGCCGCGGUUCCCUCAGGAUAACUAUACUGUAGAGUUGACCCGGGAAGGUUUGCUGGCGGAGUCCGGCCCCGUCCAUCUGAUUACCGUCUCCGCCGAGGACAGCGACACGGGGCCAGACGGGCAGGUGGACUACAGCAUACUGAAUCGAGCCGACACAUGGUACGGAUUGCUCGGCUUCAUCUCAAUGACCGGUCCCAACGUCUCCCUUCAUGUGAACUCCGACGGAACCGUGUUUAACAGCACAGACGACUACCUACACCAUCUUGUCAUACAGGCACAGGACAGAGGACAGCCGGCAAAGACGGGGACCACCGAGAUUCUACUGAGCAUCCAGCCACCGGGGACAGAGGCACCAACACCAGUGGACUGUUCCACCACGCCUAUAAUUGCAGCCGGUUGUGUCGCUGUGUUUGCAGCCUUGCUGGCGGCUGUGUCCUUAAUUCUGUACGCCAGGAACAGACUAGAACUGAAGCGGGUAUACAGUGUUGCACCAGAGCACGUGUAUGAGGUUAUAGAUCUGCAGGCCACCAGGCUACACGACAUGAAGCUUAACGAGAGGACACCACUACCACCCAUCGCAAAGCAGCUACAGCCGGACAGGAACCCGUUACCGCCCGUGAGGGAGGCUCCACGCCAUUUGCCACGCUCCAGGAACCAACCACCUCAGCCGAGACUGCCGCCUGUUACACGGAGGAGCGGCCUUCCCACCCGACCACGUGCCAGGGCGCCCCCUACCGUGCCGAAGCUGAACUACAGCACAGACAGCAGCUACGUAUUCGAGAACGACACGAGCGAGAGCGACACAGAUGGUGAAUACGUUGACACAAUGCAUACUAGAAGGGGGAACAACACGUAAUACUAGCAACUCAAGCUAAAUUCUCUGAAGAUUCCAAUG